CCCCACACACACACCACACACACACCCUACCCUCCCUGACCCUGUGGGACUAUCCACCCAGUCUGCAGUGCAGCUACCCAGUGACCAGGAGUUGGGAGCAGGUCCGGCCUGACGUCGCUGCCCAGAUGGCCUCCAGGCUGACCCCGCUGACCCCCCUCCUGCUGCUGCUGCUGGCCGGGUUUCUUGAACCACAGGCUACAGCCUCCUCUAAUCUGAAUGGUACCAGCAACAGCUCCACGGAUCCAGAGGAAUUUUGGCCAGGGGAAAGCCAAGACACCUCAGAGGAAGGGAGCCCCAGGAAUCUACCCACUCAACACACCGUAGGCUCUUCCAACAUGCCGACAACCAACUCAACCACCCUAAGAGCCAAUUCCACCUUGCCACCCACAUUCCAGUCCUGCACCCAGCCCACCACUCAACCCAUCCAACCAACUAGCCAGCCUACUACUGGGCCCCUCUGCCCGGGACCUGUCAUUUCCUGCCCAGACUUGGAGAAUCAUUCAGCAGAGACCAUAUUGAGUGAGGCUUUGAUGGAUUUCUCCGUGAAGCUCUACCACGCCUUCUCGGCAGUGAAGGAAGCUGAGACCAACAUGGUCUUUUCCCCUUUCAGCAUCGCUAGCCUGCUCACUCAGGUCCUGCUUGGGGCUGGGAACAGCACCAAGGAAACCCUGGAGACCGUCCUCUCCUACCCUAAGGACUUUACCUGUGUCCACCAGGCCCUGAAGGCCUUCACUUCCAAAGGCUUUACCUCAGUCUCUCAGCUCUUCCACAACCCAGACAUGGUCAUAAGGGAUGCCUUUGUGAACGCCUCUCAGAGCCUGUAUGGCAGCGGCCCCAGAGUCCUGGGAAAUGACAGUGAUGACAAUUUGGACCUGGUCAACACCUGGGUGGCAGAGAAGACCCACAACAAGAUCAAACAGAUACUAGACAGCCUGCCCGCCGAUACCCAGCUUGUCCUCCUCAAUGCGAUCUACCUGAGUGCCAAGUGGAAGACAACAUUUGAUAAAACAAAAACCAGGAACGAGCCCUUUUACCGCAAAUCCUCUGUGAUGAAAGUGCCCAUGAUGUCCAGUAAGAAGUACCCGGUGGCCCAUUUCACUGACCCAACUUUGAAGGCCAAGGUGGGGCAGCUGCAGCUCUCUCACAACCUGAGCUUGGUGAUCCUGGUGCCCCAGCACAUCAAACACCAUCUCGAAGACAUGGAGCAGGCUCUCAGCACCUCUGUGUUGAAGGCCAUCAUGAAGAAGCUGGAGAUGACCACGUUCCAGCCCACUCUCGUGAUGCUGCCCCUCAUCAAAGUGCAGAGCAAGCAGGACAUGCUGGCAGUCAUGGAGAAGCUGGAAUUCUUUGACUUUCCUUACGAUCUCAACCUGUGCGGGCUGACAGAAGACCCGAAUCUUCAGGUUUCUGCAAUGCAGCACCAGACAGUGCUGGAGCUGACAGAGACCGGGGUGGAGGCGGCUGCGGCCUCGGCUGUCUCUGUGGCCCGCAGUUUGCGGAUCUUCGAAGUGCAGCAACCCUUCCUCUUCCUGCUCUGGGACAGGCAGCACAAGUUCCCUGUCUUCAUGGGGCGGGUGUAUGAGCCCAAGGCCUGAGACCUGCAGGAGCCAGGCUAGGGCCAGGCCUGUCCCUCAGGCCUCAGCUCCCCCAGUUACAACCGUGCUGCUGCCUGCCUGGACUUGUCCCCAGCCACCACCCACCUUGGAUAUCCUCGGUCCUCCACCUGAAGGGCUCCCUCAGGGUCUGGUGAAGGGACCUGCUUCUAGCAUCCCUUCCCUGUGACUCUCCAGAUCACUUUUUGCAGCUUUCUUUGGUUCAAGUUCACUAGACUCUACAAAUAAAACUUGGCAGACCAUUA